AUCUACGCUGUCGUGUCGCGUUUUAUCACUUUUCUCCGUUUGUUUGUUGUUUGUUUCACACAUCGGUCCGGUGGAUCGCAAGUUAAACUCAAUGCAGUCUGUUCUCCAUACGACCAAGUAAUGAACCAUAAUCACAAAUCGUGUAAAAGUGCUGUGUGUGCUCCACUAGCUUGCGUGAUGGCCUGUUUAAGAAAUGGACUCUAGUACGGAGAAUAUGUUAUUAUAUACGUUCAACUCAAUUCAGUUGUUGUCGAUGAACAUCAUUUACACGUAACGAUCAUCAAAAACAACACGUGAAUUCAAAUGAGUCUGCUACGAAUACAUUUUACAGGUAUACCUGAUAUAGACAUUUUGAACGAUACACAGCCGAUACAAUAUUCUUAUUAUAGUUGAUAUUAUGCAUAUUUUAUAACUGAAAUAGUACAUAUUACAUAUGUAGUAGUAAUAAUGAAUAUUAGCCUACAUAAUAAUACUUAAAUAUUAUUUGGUUUUGCCUGUUGGUUUAUAAAAAAUAAAUAAAUUUAAAAAAUAGAUCGGAAAUCUCUAAGUAUAGCCGGGCAACAAACCAUUUUAAAGGAGCACACGGUAUUUUUUUACUUAUUAAAAAAAGUUUUACUCCUAAAGAAAUGAACUGUAAUUUUGAAACGUUUGUGUAAAAUCAUGAACACUCACAUAAGAUGAAGACUCCAGUCAUUUCAGUAGCUUUAUAAAAGUUGGAUUAUUUUACAUGGAGAGGGUCCCUUCAAGGGGGCUGCCAUGUUAGGAUCACGUGACCAGCCAUAUACUACUUGCUUAAUCUCACUAACCACCCUGGGUAGGGUUGAACCAGCUGUUAAAAGCUAAGGUCUUACGUAAGUUGGGACGUAAAGUUCACACUAAGGGCUUAGUAACUAAACUCAACAAAAAAAGAAAUGUCCUCUCACUUUCAACCGCUUUUAUUUUCAGCAAACUUAACAUGUGUAAAUAUUUGUAUGAACAUAAAAAGAAAUCACGCACAGAACGAGCAGUAUGGCUGGUGGCAUUGUCAUGCUGGAGGGUUAUGUAACAUUGAGCCUGCAGGAAGGGUACCACAUGAGGGAGGAGAUUGAGCAUUGAGAUCGCCUGCCAUGACAACAAGCUCAGUCCAAUGAUGCUGUGACACACCGCCCCAGACCAUGAUGGACCCUCCACCUCCAAAUCGAUCCCGCUCCAGAGUACAGGCCUCGGUGUAACGCUCAUUCCUUCGAUGAUAAACGCGAGUCCGACCAUCACCCCUGGUGAGACAAAACCGUGACUCAUCAGUGAAGAGCACUUUUUGCCAGUCCUGUCUGGUCCAGCGAAGGUGGGUUUGUGCCCAUAGGUGAUGUUGUUGCCGGUGAUGUCUGGUAAGGACCUGCCUUACAACAGGCCUACAAGCCCUCAGUCCAGCCUCUCUCAGCCUAUUGCAGACAGUAUGAGCACUGAUGGAGGGAUUGUGCAUUCCUGGUGUAACUCGGGCAGUUGUUGUUGCCAUCCUGUACCUGUCCUGCGGGUGUGAUGUUCGGAUGUACCGAUCCUGUGCAGGUGUUGUUACAUGUGGUCUGCCACUGCGAGGAUGAUCAGCUGUCCUUCCUGUCUCCCUGUAGCGCUGUCUUAGGCAUCUCACAGUACUUACAUUGCAAUUUAUUGCCCUGGCCACAUCUGCAGUCCUCAUGCCUCCAUGCAGCAUGCCUAAGGCACGUUCACACAGAUGAGCAGGGACCCUGGGCAUUUUUCUUUUGGUGUUUUUUGGAGUCAGUAGAAAGGUCUCUUUAGUGUCCUAAGUUUUUAUAACUGUGACCUUAAUUGCCUACCAUCUGUAAGCUAUUAUUGUCUUAACGACCGUUCCACAGGUGCAUGUUCAUUAAUUGUUUAUAGUUCAUUGAACAAGCAUGGAAAACAUUGUUUAAACCCUUUACAAUAAAAAUCUGUAAAAGUUAUUUGGAUUUUUACAAAAUAAUCUUUAAAAUACAGUGUCCUGGGACGAUUCUUUUUUUUGCUGAGUUUACUAGUUAGUUUGUAACUAAGUCAUAUAUCCUGUAUAUAUUUUGAAUGUGUUGAAACUUGACACUGGGCGACACACCCUGAAAACAGCACCUUUAGAACGGUUUCAUGCUGAAGAGCUGCUUAAAAGUAAGUUGGCUUUUUUUCGUCGAGUGUAAAUGUCAACAUCAUACUGUAUGUCAAACUUGUCAUGCAAAACAUGAACUCAUUGAUGUCAUAAAAUAUCAGUCUGCUUUUUUUAUUCCAGCUGUUACUUCUGGUUGGAUGCUUCCAUAAAUAUUUAGUUUAUAUGUAGGGUUACAGUCUACCUUUAAUUUCAAGUCUAAUGGUGCAACACUCCAAUAUUUAGUAGUGCAUAAAUUGUGACUUAGUGCCCAUUUACGCCACAACUAGGCUAAGUUGUAUCUUAAGUAUAGCUGGUACAACCGGCCCCUGGACACUUUCACUCAUGGGCGAAUUAAGACUAGCAAGGGCCACGGGCCAAUUUUGUUUUCGUCUACAUCCCACCCUACCUGAGGUAAAUCAUGCAGGUCAUGUUUGGACAACUAAGACACAAUAAAAAAAUGUCAUAGUUCAAGUUAAAUGUUAGGGUUACCUUACCCUUACAGUACCACAUUAACCUUUUAGAAUCACUUUGAUGUACCACUACAGCUCUAAUUUACCCUCACACUGUUUUUGUUGAAGCUAUUUUUGAUCCGUGACUUUUAAACAUGACCCCAAACUUCUAGUUGAAAGCAGAAAGCAAUGGAGGGAUUGUUAGAAGAUGCAUUGAUUUCAUUGCCAUGAUAUUAGUGCAGGAUGUUACUAUCUGUAAUUGAACAUUCUGUUGUGCAUAUUUUAGCCAUUAGGUUGGCCAUUAUUUCCAUUCUGCAGAGCAGUAUACAAACCACAUGAACUUUGAGGUAUAUUAGCACAGUUGUUUCCUCCAAUAUUGGAUAAUGUCACUUCCCUUACAAAAAAGGUACAGUGAUGGUGUCAGGUAAUACCAUGGUACUUUACUAUUACAAUACAGGGUACCUACACCAAUUAAUUCCCAUGAUUUUUUGUGAUUACUGGAUAAGAAUUGUAUUUUUUUAAUCAUUUUAUAGAGAUUGCACUUAAAAAGAGCAACUAGAAGCAUUUAAAUGCUUUAUAGUCACUCACAAUUUUUAAAUUCCUAGAUAUUUUCAGGUUUUCCAUGGCAAUGGACAGGAUUCUAUCAUAGUACAUGUACAAAACAACUAUGUCAGUACCUUAGUAUCAACCAAUAUAAUGUAAUAAUGCAUUUUAUAAUAUGUUGACCAUGGACCACAAUCAUGUUAGGAUGAUAACCUACCAAGUAAUAUCAAAAGUGCUUGUAGCCAAUUUUAGCUUCAGGUUGUUGUGACGAUACAAACCAAUUAUGUUGUAACAUAAGUAGUUACAAAAGUGGCUUCCUGAAUGCCAUGCAGCACAAGUUAGAUGUCACUUACGAUUAAAGACUUACACCAUCUAUGAAAUGUGUUAUCAUUAAAAAGUGUGGUUUGUUGGUCAAGAGAGUGUGCGUAUGUCUUUGUGUGCUGUUAAUGAUGUUAGUAGGUUAGAAGUAUAGUGUGACUGUAUGACGUGCAUAAAAGCACAUGUGGUGAAAUGGUUGCAUUAUGUACACUUUAACAACCGCCUAACCUGCGGGUGUCCAUAUGGUCCCUGACGUAUCAAAACUGUAAUCUCAGUCUUUUAAGAGCAGUUUAACACACACAUACAGCCAGUAGUGAAUUGGUGUUGGAAACACCACUCGUACAAUCUCGCAGCAUACACACAAAGUAAAUCUGUAUCUAAAGUCAUGGAAGUUGUUGCAUGUUCCAUGGGCAGCAGCACUAGCAGUCUGUACAGUGCCCUGGCUAAGACUGUCAGCAGCCCUGCUCUCCCUCAUCCCCAUGAAUCCGGAUACAAUCCGGAUAAUUACCUGGAUCUAGAUCAGGACCCGGUGGAUGCUUUGGAGCUGUUGCAAGAAUGCAAAGAGGUUCUGAAAAACCGGCCAGCCCGGCUGCACAGAGCUUUUGUUCAGACUGAGCAUGAAGACUCCGGGCAGACGGCAAUCAGAGUAAUGCAGUGGAAUGUUCUAGCACAAGCAUUAGGUGAAGGCAUGGACAGUUUUGUGCAGUGUCCCAUGGAUGCUCUGAACUGGGCUGAAAGGAAGUAUUUGAUCCUGGAGGAGAUCCUAACGUACAGACCUGACAUCCUGUGCCUACAGGAAGUUGAUCACUACUUUGACAUGUUUCAGCCUGUUCUGGCUAGUUUGGGUUACCAGAGCAGCUUUUGCCCAAAACCAUGGUCCCCCUGUCUGGAUGUCGAGAACAACAAUGGCCCUGAUGGCUGCGCUCUGUUCUUCAACCGCAAACGCUUCCAAUUAAUAAACACAACGCACCUACGAUUGUCUGCUAUGAUGCUAAAGACCAAUCAGGUUGCAGUCAUCACUACACUGCAUUGCAGAGCAACAGGACGGGCGUUCUGUGUUGCAUCAACGCAUCUGAAGGCACGGAGUGGUUGGGAGGUUCUACGCAGUGCACAAGGUUCAGAUCUGUUGCGGAACUUGCAGAACAUUGCACAGAGAUUAGAGACAGAGAAAAAUGCAGAGACUGACCUUCCACUGAUUGUAUGUGGCGAUUUUAAUGCUGAGCCAUCGGAGGACGUCUAUAGAAAUUUUGCAACAUCUAGUCUUGGACUGGACAGUGCAUACAAGCGUCUGAGUAUGGAUGGAAAAACUGAGCCGCCUUACACAACAUGGAAGAUCCGUCCUAGUGGGGAGAGUUGCCACACACUGGAUUAUGUGUGGUAUUCACAUAGAGCGUUUAAUGUAAAUGCGGUACUGGACUUUCCUACAGCCGAACAAAUUGGCCCAAACAGGCUGCCUUCCUAUAACUACCCCUCAGAUCACCUCUCGCUUGUCUGUGACUUUAACUUCAAAGAUCUACCACUUGCUUCCCAAUAACCAGAGGUGUACUGGUAAUCUCGUAAAACAAGUUAAGACUUGUGUUGGCACAAGAUUUCUAAAUACUCUUUUUGUUGUUUCAUGAAUAAUCAGUGAUUCAGUUUGGACAUCCUCGAAGGAAUGUUCUGGAUGCAAUAGAAGUUACAGCAUCUGUGGUCUGCUGUUCCACAGAAAACCUUUUUCAUUCAUUUCUAAGUUUGUAAGAUCAAACAAAAACCACUUUUAAAGUAAUGCACUAUGGGGGCAAGGUACUGCACUAGACUGAAUGUUAAAAUAGACAUACAGUUUUGAAAGUAUAACCACAGGACUGAAACAUUGUAGGUUUUAACAUGACUCAAGUUUGCAGGUUAGGGUUAACCCUAACCAGAACGUCUAUGCCCCUAGAUUUCUGUUGAGGGUGCAUUACUGUAAACAUGAAUUUUUCUUUUUUUUUUUUCAAAUUAAUUUCUAGGGCUAUGGAAUGAUGUUUGACACUUAAGUUGUUUUAUUAAAUGUACUGCAGUUGAUGUGCAUAGGUCUACAAGCAAAAAUUAUCAAUUUUUAUUCCUAAAAAUUACUCCCAAGAAAUUCACUUACUCCAGAUAUUGCUUGUUCGAAAUAUGCCAACUUGUACAUAAUAAUAUAGGUGUUUCUGUUAUUUCCAGACUGUUAAAAAAAAAAUAAAGUACUUUUGAGAAGGUGUCAUGAUCUGAAAACAGGUAUUUAAGUAAAGAUUGUGUCUGUCUGUCAUGCACUCAGACAGAAGGUUUUUAUUUCUUUAAACAAUGAUGCAUUACUAAUUAAUUUAUGAAUCUUUUCCUAUGUUCACAAUACUCAAUUGUUAUUUCAUGGCUAGUUUAACCAGAGUCUAAAUUAUCAAUAAUUACAGGUUGUUAAUAUGGAUGCCAAGAACUAAAUAUCUGUCUCCUGAGCUUCUCAUUUUGAAUAAAGUCCUCCA